GGCCGCGCACGGUGGCCAGUAGCGUGCAACAGCAGCGCAGAGCGCAGCGCCGUGCCACUCCGCAACGACGCAGCAGUAGCAGCGCCCCACACCCUGGUGCGGCGGUGCCCCACGGCAAAAGGAAACAGCCCGUCCAAUCCAUCCCCUCACCCCAUUGCCUCUCCCUCUCCCUCACCCGCACCUCACCACUCCUCGGCCUCACUUCUUCACAAGUUCACAUCAGCAGCAGCUCACGAAACAGGAGCGUCAUAAAGACAUGGUCGUCGCAGGAUAGCCUCAGACCCAGCGACGCAGCGGCAGCGACCCAGGAAGCAACAGCGACCGGCAUCGAUCGCGGCAGCCGAGGCGGGGGGACGGGAGGAGGGAGGGAGCGGUCGCCGCAGGAGCAGAGCGGCACGGCAUGGGGUCCUGAGUGACUGACUGACUGACGACUGAGUGUCUGACUGAGAAGGAGAUGGCUGGAGCGCGACGGCCCCGGAGCCAUUAAUGGGGCGCUCAUCCUCCUCGUCCUCCCACUCCUCGCCUCCCCCCCGCCAGGUCGCGGUCGGCUCCGCUUUUUAACCGGCUUGUCCUGGAGCGGGGCGAACGGCGAACCUCACGGGCGCCGGAACACGAACCGGAACCCUAGUGGUGGUGGUGGUGGCGCGCCCCAUGGGCAUCGACCUCAACAUGGCGGACGGCGAGAGCCAGGAGCGCCGCCCGCCGCCGGCGGUGUGCCGGGAGCUGUGGCACGCGUGCGCGGGGCCCGUGGUUGCGCUACCGCGGCGGGGCAGCCUGGUCGUGUACCUGCCGCAAGGCCACCUAGCCGCGGCCGGCGGCGGCAACGUCGCUGUGGACCUGCCGCCGCACGUGGCGUGCCGCGUCGCGGAUGUCGAGUUAUGCGUGAGUGCUGCGGUGAUUGCCACAUCUGUCUGUUUCGCGGGGCGCGGCUGUAUCGGGCUCCAUUGUUUUGAUGACGAGGCUCGCAUGGCUGUGUGCACUGUGCAGGCGGAUGCGGCGACGGACGAGGUGUACGCGCGGCUGGCGCUGGUCGCGGAGGGCGAGGCAUUUGGGAGAAAUCUGCGUGGUGGUGGAGUCGAUGGGGACGAUGACAUGGAGGAUUUUGAUGUUGAAAGGAAGUCCCGGAUGUUGCACAUGUUCUGCAAAACGCUUACAGCCUCUGACACAAGCACACAUGGAGGGUUCUCUGUUCCUCGUCGUGCUGCUGAGGACUGUUUCCCGCCUCUGGAUUAUAAUCAGCUCAGGCCUUCUCAAGAGCUGGUUGCCAAGGAUUUGCAUGGAGCCAAGUGGAAAUUUCGUCAUAUAUAUAGGGGUCAGCCUCGUAGGCAUCUCUUGACUACUGGAUGGAGUUCAUUUGUCAAUAAAAAGAAACUGGUUUCUGGGGAUGCGGUCUUAUUUCUCCGAGGUGAUGAUGGUGAACUAAGGCUGGGCGUACGGAGGGCCAUUCAGCUUAAAAAUGAGGCCCUUUUUGACGAUUUCAGUUGCGACAGUACAAAACGGCAUACAUUGUUGGCUGUAGCUGAUUCCUUGAAGCACAAAAGUGUUUUUCACAUUUCUUACAAUCCAAGAGCUACUGCUUCAGAAUAUAUUAUACCACACCAUAAGUUCCUGAAGAGCCUAAAUCUUCCAUUCUGUAUUGGAGCAAGGAUCAACUUACAGUGCCAUAAUGAAGAUGUUAGUGAAAGGCGAUCUGGAAUGGUUGUUCAUGUCAGUGAAAUAGAUCCCAUGAAAUGGCCAGGCUCGAAGUGGAGAAGCCUGCUGGUAAGAUGGGAGGAUGGUGUUGAAUGUAACGGCCAAGAUAGAGUAUCUCCAUGGGAGAUUGAGAUAGCUGGUGGCUCUGUCUCUGUUGCUCAUUCUGUGUCCGCAUCUAGCUCUAAAAGAACCAAGUUGUGUCCUCAGGGAAAUUUGGACGUUCCAACAAUGUAUGUUACAGGGAAUGGGAAUGGUUGUACUGACUCCGUGGAAACUGGAAAGUUUCCCAGGGUCUUGCAAGGUCAAGAUUUGAUGAGUUUUAGGACUCGUCAUGUUCCGUCUGCUCCUCAAACUGUUGAGGCUGCAAAACUUCAAUCUUCUGGUGCUAGUAGGUUCCUCAGUAAUGCACGUGGCUGCGCAUUGGGUGGUCCAACAAGCAGACUCGCAGUGCAUAACUCUGAUUUUACCUACCAAUCUGUAGGCUUCAAUGAAUCUAUUGGAUUCUCAGAGGUCUUGCAAGGUCAAGAAAUUUCUCGGGCAGUUCCUAUGUUCCAAGGAAUGAUGUCUGAGGCUUGUUCACUAAAAGGAGGAUAUGGGCUGCAUAGUUAUAUGCGUACCCCAGUUGCUGUUACUGGAUUGUCAGCCACAACUCAAGAGUGUUCUCUCACACUAUCUACUCCGCCAGGAGCACAAGUUCCUUCUGUCUACCCUGAUAAUAUUUUUAACCGAACUGUGGUUCGACAGCUUGGACUGGCAAGCAAGUUUGAUGGUGGAGCUACAAAUGCCCAGCAGUCUGUCCCAUUUGAUAGGCCGAGGGAAAUUUGGAGCAAGCCACAGCAUGAAAUAUCUGAUCAAACGAAAAUGGAUCACUUUGAGACUAGAAGAGCUUCAGCACCUGGAGAUGAUGCUGCUAAGCAUGGGUCUGGUGGAGAGGUGGUUCGCAAAACUAGCUGCAGACUUUUUGGUUUCUCGUUGACUGAGAAGAUCUUGCCAGCAGAUGAUGAUGGCAUCAAGGAAGUGACCUAUGAGCCUGAGUGCCAGAAUCCACGGAUGCUGGACCUGUUCGGGUACAACUGCUCAGCCCCAAGUGCUGCUCUUCCAGCUCUGUGUGCUGCCCCCUUUGGAAUGUGAUGCUACUUCAAUAACGCUGCUGAGUAUUUCCAUGUACUCUUAGAAGUUUUACUUUCCUAAUACCCAAGUGUAUGUCAUAAGCUGCCUUUUGACAUCAUUCCCCCUGUUGGUCUGCCUCAAGCGAAGCAGUCAUUUGCACAAGUAAACAAAGGAUCGUUGAUGAUCCACUUCUCGCCAUGCCUCACCCUAUCGCUAAGAUAUUGUAAUUAGUCUUAGGAUACGAAGAGGCAGUACAUUGUAACUGACUAACUUCUGUGGCUGAUCCUUCAGAAAAGUUGUGCGAUGAAGCAAACAAUUUUCUUUAGAAGUUCUUCGCUGGCAGAUUUUAGAUUCAUGUGGGGAGGUUUGUCAGCUCAGCUUUAAUGUACUGGUUAUGUAUCUUUAAAUCAGCUGCUGUACGACUUUUUUUUUAGCUCCAAGCCCUGGUUGCAGUCGCCUAGGCCGUGUGAUUGUAUCAGUAUGUAAGACAUGCUAUAUUUUAAUAUUCUUAUCGAUAUUUAUUCUGAUG